CAACUUCAAAUCACUACAACUCUACAUUAACAUAUAAACUCACUUCACAAUUCACAUGCUUUGUUCUUGUUUCCAUUAGUAAUAGAAAUAAACUACUAGUAGCUUCUUCACUUCACUUCACCAUUCCUCACUUCCCUCGGAAUCCACAAAACAAAACAUUCACACACACAAAAAAACUCCCGCAAAUGUUGGACGAAGAUACCAACGCCAACACCACCUCCUGGGCGCCGCGCGUGUGCGACACCUGCCGCUCUGCCCCAUGUGCGGUCUUCUGCCGCGCUGACUCCGCGUAUCUCUGCGCGUCAUGCGACGCGCGCGUGCACGCGGCCAACACCUUGGCCUCGCGCCACGAGCGCGUGUGGGUAUGCGAGGCCUGCGAACGCGCCCCGGCAGCGUUCCUUUGUAAGGCGGAUGCAGCGUCGCUCUGUUCUUCUUGCGACGCUGACAUCCACUCGGCUAACCCUCUGGCGAGUCGUCACCAGAGGGUGCCAAUUGGACCCAUGUACGGCCCACCAUCCGUCCCGGUAACUAGGACGAAUGGUGAGUUCGUUGGGAUGGUUGAAGACGAAGAAGAUGAAGAUGAUGACGAAGAAGAAGCUGCUUCUUGGUUGUUGUUGAACAACACCAACACCACCGCCGCCGUGACGGCCGGCACCAACAACAACCAUAAUAACAGUAACAGCAGCAACAACAACCAGAAUCAUCAUCAUCACCAACAACAGAGUAAUAAUAAUGGUUUCUUGUUUGGUGGUGAGGUUGACGAGUAUUUGGACCUUGUGGAUUGUAAUUCUUGUGGUGAUGACGAUAACAAUCAUCAUCACAGCAACAAUAACAAUAACCACUUUGCGGUUGAUGGUGUUGAUCAUCGUUAUGAGCUAUGGUGGUGGAAUUACAAUGCUUCUAUUAGUCAAAGUGUAUCAGUUUCAUCAAUGGAAGUUGGAGUAGUGCCAGAAUCAUCAAUCAGCAAUGGAUCAAUUUGCCAUUCAAGACCACCAAAGGGAACAAUUGACCUAUUUUCAGGACCUACUCCAAUGCAGAUGAGUUCACAUCUCACUCCAAUGGACAGAGAAGCCAGAGUCCUAAGGUAUAGAGAGAAGAAGAAGACAAGAAAAUUCGAGAAGACCAUAAGGUAUGCAUCAAGAAAGGCCUAUGCAGAGACUCGGCCGCGAAUCAAAGGCCGAUUCGCCAAGAGAACAGAUGUUGAAGCUGAAGUUGAUCAGAUGUUCUCCACACCAUUGAUUACAGAAGUUGGUUAUGGCAUUGUUCCUUCAUUCUGAAGAAAGCCAGAGCAGAAGCCAGAGAAGCAAGUGAUGAAGAUGUUUCAUAUUUAUGUUGCUAUGUUACUAAGUUUUCUAGAUUGGUAUUAUUUUUUAUAUGAUCUUCUUCUAAUCUUCUAUAUACAUAUGCUUUUAUUUAUUUCUUGAUUUUAUUGCAUUUGAAUGAUGACUCUGCUGUUAUUAUUUGUAAAUAUAGUUCCUAAUAUUAAGUUUAUUACAUUUUGUAUCAAGAUGUAAUUUCUGUAUUCUAUUCA